CAAAAAUAUAUUUCAUUUACAUCUUCAUAAGUGAAAUAUUUACUUAUAAAGUAUCGAUUAACGACGUUUCAAAAAUGGUAUUUUCGGCUUUGUUGACGAUAACUGUAUUAAGUACCCAACAAUCAGAAAAUUAUACAAGUUAUAUAGAGGAUUAUAAUGAGUCGACUGCCUCAUUAACAUCGAUUUUAUGUCGAAGUGAAAGAGGUGUUUCUUUGCCAUUUGACAUCUACAGAAGAGACACGUGUGCUCGAUGCUAUAAUUAUCUUCCAUCAUGGGCCUUUGUUGAUACUGAAUGGAGAUUUAUUUAUAAUUAUCGCACCGGUGCACUGAAAGAUCCAAGGUCAAAUAUAAGUUACUUAAUAGAUCCCGGGAAUUCGUCUCAUCCCAUAUUUGAUACGUUUAAAAAUAAAGUAUUUGUCUCAAAAUGGAUAGAAUGUUGUCGUGCCGCUGUUGCAUGCUGUCAGAAAAUGAUGAAGGAUCCCAUUCCUGUAAAUGAAACUCUUUAUUGCCCGAGAACAUGGGAUGGUUGGCAAUGUUGGACAGAUACUCCUUCGGGACAAGUUGCAAAAUCUGUUUGUCAAGAGCAUAUAUACUUCUCUAGCGAGCCGCCAUCGUGUCCAAGAUACGCUAUCAAAACUUGUAUGCCAAAUGGGAAAUGGUACUUACGCAAUUUUUAUAAAACUGAAUGGACUAAUUACAACGAAUGUGGAAGAGUUCAGGGAAUACUACGACUUCAAUAUUUUCACAUAGCGACAUACUGUAUAUCAAUAUUUUUCUUAAUACCGGCUAUAUUCAUUUUUAUCAUAUAUAAACAACUGCAAGUAUAUCGCAUUACCAUGCAUAAAAAUCUCUUUGCUUCGCUACUCUUAAAUGGAAUCUUUGUCGUUCUCUUUAAAUCGAUUGUCAUGCUUGAUGAACUCGAUAAUUUCGAUAAUACAACUACAAUUUUGGAUCAAAAUGGACCGGGAUGCAAAUUUCUCUUUAUCAUAACUAAAUAUUUACGAAUGACUAAUUACAUGUGGAUGUUCUGCGAAGGAUUAUACUUACAUCGAUUGAUUGCAGCAGCAUUUGCAGAGCAGGAAAGUCUUGUGCUUUUUUAUGUCAUAGGCUGGGUAUUUCCUAUCAUACCUGUUGCCAUUUAUGCUUUCCUGAGAGAAACGUUUGCCAACGAACAUUGUUGGGCAAUGCCUGCUGACCCUUACGAAUGGACUCUCAAUAUACCUAACAUGUUGAGUUUGGUGUUGAACUUUGCUUUUUUGUGUCGAAUUAUUCAAGUCUUAGUAACAAAACUGAGAGCCGUUCACGCCAACGAGCCAAGUCAAUAUAGAAAAGCCGUCAGAGCAACAUUAGUGUUGGUGCCGCUAUUUGGUCUGCAUUUCUUUCUAGUUAUUUAUCGACCACAGUCUGGUGGGUGUGAAAUGCUCGAUGCUUACACCUUUUUUACUUACACACUGGACGGAUUACAGGGUUUUCUCGUUGCACUUAUAUUUUGUUAUCUAAAUGGUGAAAUUAUAUCGUUACUUAAACGUUCCUAUAAAAGGUAUCAAUUAAGGCAGAUCUCAACACAGAAAUCAAGUGUUAAAAUUAGGUUAAAUCGUUUAUCACUUUGUACAGAAAUGUCUAAUAUGUUCGAAAACAAAGUUGCGAACAAUGGGAAUUCCAAGUAAUGAAAGAACAUUCCAAAUAUUGCGUGAAGAAAAGACAUUUUCUAAAUUUCAACUUUAAUUUGUAAAAACUGUGUUUAUUAUUGUCAUGGGAAAUCUUACUAAUCUGUUUACAUUGUGUUUACAAAUAAAAGCUACUUUUAAUUUCA